CUGGGCCCCGGUGGCGGGAGGUGGGUGCGGGCAGGCCGCGGGGGUCGGGUCGGGGCCUGCAGCUGGUUGCGGUGAGGGGGAGGAGAAGCGGGACCGGGCAGGGGGUGACAGGCGGGGUCCUGAGCGGCUCGCCCGGGUCCCGGUGCCAGAGCAGGCCCGGCGGCCUGUGACCGGCCACCGCCUCCGCCUUGCCGCCUCCUCCCGCCAUGCCGAGUCCCCGGAGCAGCCGUGAACGACGCGCCGGCGGCAGCAACAGCAGCCGCCUGGAGUUCCUCUCCCUCGUGAGCCAGCGCAGCCCCGGCGCCCCAGAGAGCCCGUCACGCCGCAGGGAGUCGGGCGGCUCCGCGGUGGCCCCGCUGCCCGAGGAGGACUGCAUGAAGCUGAACCCCUCCUUUCUGGGCAUCGCUCUCAGCUCCCUUCUCGCCAUCGACCUCUGGGCCUCCAAGCGCCUGGGCGUGUGCGCUGGAGAGGGCUCGGCCUGGGGCAGCGCACGUCCCCUCAUGAAGGUCAUCGAGGUUUCAGGGCAUGGCAUCCCUUGGCUGCUGGGCACUUGCUACGGGCUCUGCCAGAGCGACAACUCGGCAGCCAGGGAAGUGCUGCUCAACCUGCUCUUCGCAUUGCUGCUGGAUCUGGUGCUGGUGGCAGUGGUGAAAGGGCUCGUUAAGCGUCGGCGGCCCACCCACAACAAGAUGGACAUGUUCGUCACCAUCUCAGUGGACAAGUACUCCUUCCCGUCAGGCCAUGCCACCAGAGCCGCCCUGGUGUGCCGCUUUGUUCUGCACCACCUGGUGCUCGCCGUCCCACUGCGGGUCCUCAUGGUGCUCUGGGCUCUCAUUGUCGGCAUUUCAAGGGUCAUGCUGGGCAGGCACAACGUGACGGACGUGCUCUUCGGUUUGCUGCUGGGCUACACGCUGUACAGCGUGGUGGAGUACUGCUGGCUGUCCCCACUCAACGCGCCUGCCAUCUUUGCGCUCUGGAGCCAUUGAUGGCUGGGUCCCUCCCAAAGGAGGAGCCGGGUACCCAGUUUUCUAAGCGUCCACAGGGAGGGGAUACUGGGACUUGAACUCUCAUCCUAGACCCCGUCUAUCCAGCCAAGACUUCAAUGCUAGCAGUUCUGCAGGCUCCCGGGCCCACAUUCAGACGUUUGGUGCCAUCCUGCCCUCCUGACAUACCGUCAGGCAGGGUGUGCACUGACCAAGCAGCUGCGCUGAUGGAACCAUCCUGUGAAAAACCAGUCUCUGCAGAGCCCUGGGAAGGCUCAGCACAUUCAUCCAGCAGCUCACUCUUGAUACUGUGAAAUAUCAAUAUUGAUAAUGUGAAAAGCAUGCCCUUGCUGGGCACCUGUUGCAUUAGCCUGUGGUGUAUGUGGUAGCUGUGGCUUUGCAGAGAUUCCUCUGCAAUCGCCCAUGUAUCUGUAUGCUGUAAAUACACUGAUCGUGUUGCUGUCAUGAGCGUGCCCUGCA